AUGCUUCUUCACAAUUAAUCCUCACAUUUCCUUAGCUUCUCUCAUUGGUAGCUUAAAGCAUAAUAGAUAUUUUUAUAUUGAAUAUGGCGACCUUAAACAAAUUAUUUGUUACACUCUCUAUUCUUUCUCUCUUUGCUUGUUCUACCAAUGCACAACUUUUUCCUAACUUCUAUGGAAGAACUUGCCCUAGCCUUCAAACCAUAGUGCGCAGGGAAAUGACCAAAGCUAUCAAUAAUGAAGCUCGGAUUGGUGCUUCUAUACUUCGUUUGUUCUUCCACGAUUGCUUUGUAAAUGGAUGUGAUGGAUCAAUCUUAUUGGAUGACACUUCCACAUUUACCGGUGAGAAAAAUGCUGGACCUAACAAAAAUUCAGCUAGGGGUUUUGAAGUGAUUGAUGCAAUUAAAACUAGUGUUGAAGCUGCUUGCAGUGCCACUGUCUCUUGUGCUGAUAUUCUUGCACUUGCAACUAGAGAUGGAAUUGCUCUGCUUGGAGGUCCUUCAUGGAUAGUACCACUUGGAAGAAGAGAUGCAAGAACAGCAAGUCAAAGUGCAGCAAACACCCAAAUCCCUUCACCAGCUUCUGACCUAUCCACACUCACUAAAAUGUUUCAAAACAAAGGUCUAACAUUAAGAGACCUUACAGUCCUUUCUGGUGCACACACCAUAGGCCAAGCAGAAUGUCAAUUUUUCCGAAAUCGCAUAUACAAUGAAACCAACAUCGACACAAACUUUGCAACCUUAAGAAAAGCAAACUGUCCUCUUUCUGGCGGUGACACAAAUUUGGCUCCUCUUGAUUCUGUCUCUCCUGUUACUUUUGACAACAAUUAUUAUAGGGAUCUAGUUGCUAAUAAAGGACUUCUUAAUUCUGAUCAAGCACUUUUCAAUGGUGUUGGUUCUCCAGUUUCUUUGGUUAGGGCUUAUAGUAUAAAUGGUUUUGCUUUUAGAAGAGACUUUGCUUUUGCUAUGGUGAAGAUGAGCAGAAUUAGUCCUCUCACAGGGACUAAUGGGGAAAUUAGAAAGAAUUGCAGACUUGUGAAUUAAUUGAUCAUGAAUUGGAGGGCAUAUUAGCAAUUGAAUAAAUAUUGUGUUGGAGAAUUUGGAUAAUUGAUUAAGUAGAGGGUCAAAGUCAUAAAGGCUGACUAGAUCUUUAUAUAUUGUUUGUCUUACAUAAAUCAAUGAAUGGAUAAUGCUAGUUUUAUGUUGGAUUAA